UGGCAGGUGGUGGAGGCGCAGUUCGUGCUGUCCUUCGUGCACCGCUUCCUGGAGCGUGGCACCGUCACCUACUUUGCCUUCUGCUACCCCUUCUCCUACACGGAGUGCCAGGACAUGCUCAAAGAGCUGGAUCGCCGCUACCAGGACUGCAGGCACAUGUCCCCCAGCAGCCCCCUGGACUCGGUCUAUUACCACCGGGAGCUGCUGUGCCACUCUCUGGACAAGCUGCGUGUGGACCUGCUGACCAUCACCUCGUGCCAUGGCAUGCAGGAGAAGCGGGAGCCCCGGCUGGACAAGCUUUUCCCAGACACCAGCACACCCCGGCCUCACUGCUUCACUGGAAAGAGGGUGUUUUUCCUCAGCAGCAGAGUCCACCCAGGAGAAACCCCCUCCAGCUUUGUCUUCAAUGGCUUCCUGGACUUCAUCCUGCGGGAGAAGGACCCCCGUGCGCAGAUGCUGCGGCGCAUGUUCGUGUUCAAGCUGAUCCCCAUGCUGAACCCCGACGGGGUGCUGCGGGGCCACUACCGCACCGACUCGCGCGGGGUGAACCUGAACCGGCAGUACCUGCACCCCGACGCCGAGCUGCACCCCGCCGUGUACGGCGCCAAGGCCGUCCUGCUCUACCACCACGUGCACAGCCGCGUCCUGCCCGGCUCCCCGGACUGGAGGACGUUUGUCUCCCCGCUCAGCACCAGCUCGCUGAGCCUGAAAUCCCCCAACUGCCCCGUGCCGGCCGCGGAGGCCCCGUUAUCGGAGCUGGACAAAAGCAACAACCUCCGCAACUGCCCCGGCUCGUGGCGGGCCGGCAGCCGCUCCUGCCCGGCUGAGGGCAGCCCCAGGGCGCUGGGCCAGGAUUCCCAGGUGUCAGACAGCUCCGAGCGAGCCGCCUGCAUCCUGCCAUCGAGCCCCGGCAGCGAGCGCUGUGAGGAGAGGCCCUUGGUGCCCGCCCCGGCCGCCGUGCCCGAAGCUGAGCCCGCACAGCCCGCAGAGCCCAUCGCGCCCCGGGACAGUGGCCUCGCCUACUACGUGGACCUGCACGGGCACGCCUCCAAGCGCGGCUGCUUCAUGUACGGCAACUGCUUCAGCGACGAGAACGACCAGGUGGAGAACAUGCUGUUCCCCAAGCUCAUCUCCCUCAACUCCCCUUACUUCGACUUCACGGGCUGCAACUUCUCGGAGAAGAACAUGUACGCGCGGGACAAGCGCGACGGGCAGUCCAAGGAGGGCAGCGGCCGCGUGGCCAUCUACAAGGCCCUGGGCAUCAUCCACAGCUACACCCUGGAGUGCAACUACAACACGGGGCGCUCGGUGAACAGCAUCCCGGGGGCCUGCCAUGAC